AAUUUGCCCUUUUACGCAUAAUUUCCAGGCUUCCCACUUUCAGAGAGAGAAUUAGAAUUAGGGUUUGCACUUGCAGUGAUAAGCAACUCCAUGGCACUGUUGCCAUUUAAUCACCCUUCUUGCACUCUUCCCUCACCACCACCACAAUCUUCUUCUUCUUCUUCUCCUUCUUGUCUUAUUAGAUAUAAUUUGCCCUCCAGUUCUCCAGUAUUUACAAGUUCUGCCCUCCUCCGCCCUCUCCGUUGGUGCUCAAACCACCACCAGCACAACCACCAGCUCCGGUCUCUGACGCCGGUGAAGGUGACGGGCAGCCUCUCCUCCGCCGUGGAAACUUCAGGUUCAGGCAAUAGCAGUCAAGUUGAGGAAGGAGAGAAGAAGCUGCUACUCCAAGUCAAGGAUUUAACGGCGGUGAUUGCCGAAUCGAAACAGGAGAUUCUCAAGGGCGUUAACCUCACCGUCUACCAAGGAGAGGUUCAUGCCAUAAUGGGAAAGAAUGGUUCAGGGAAGAGCACUUUUGCCAAGGUUCUGGCUGGGCAUCCGGAAUACGAAGUUACAGGAGGCAGUGUGGUGUUUAAAGGGGAAAACUUGCUGGAAAUGGCAGCGGAAGACCGGUCGCUUUCUGGGCUUUUUAUGAGUUUCCAGUCUCCAGUUGAGAUCCCUGGUGUCACCAACAUUGAUUUUCUCAACAUGGCUUACAAUGCCCGCAGAAAAAAAUUAGGACUGCCUGAGACCAAUUGAGUUCUAUGCUUAUAUCUUUCCCAAACUUGAUCUUGUGAACAUGAAGACUGACUUCCUCAAUAGAAAUGUUAAUGAAGGCUUUAGUGGAGGUGAAAAGAAGCGCAAUGAGAUUUUACAACUGGCGGGAAAUAUGGUUUCUAAAGUAAAGCCGAUGACUAAUGAGGAUCAAAAGUUUCAGAGCAAGGCGUUGUCCCUUUCCCAUACAAAGACUGCCAUUAGUACAAUUAAGGAGAAAUUGAGUCUGCAACAGUUACAAAGGUUCCAAGACAGUUGUUUUGAUCAUAUAUUAUUGAUUGAGGACCUUAAGUGGAUUGCACAAAUUGUCCCCAAGUUGUUGUUAAGGAAGGCUGAUCCGAAGACAGUUUCCCAGGUGAACGGGAUAAAAUUCAUUAUUGGUAGUAAGAUGAUACAAUUCACGGCGUAGCAGUUUUGCACCAUCACGGGGCUAAGGUUCGGAAACCUUCCUUUCAUUCUGAUUGCGACUAACGAAAACUACUUAUUGAAAAAGAAAUAUGUCUGCAACAAUAAAACUGUGACCCUUUCCAAACUAGAAAAAGCCUUCAUCGACUGCGCGGAUGAGGAGGAUGUCGUGAAGCUUGGAUUUCUAUAUUUUGUUGUUUUUGUGCUGUUGGGUAGUGAAAAACAUGUCAACAUUGACAUGCGGUAUUUGAAAUUGUUGGAAGACCUUGAAGAGUUUCAGAAGUAUCCAUAUGUCGCUGUUUCAUAUGCAAAGACAAAUGCCUCACUUUUGAGGGCACUUUUUGCAGAUUCCCAUCGAGUAAAAGUUUCCCCAAAAAACUAUAAAAACAAAAGAAUCUGAAAAGAAAUCAAAGACAACAGCAAGUAGUAGGCCAAGAGAGUACCGCAUAAAAGGUUUUGGCUUUGCACUUUAGCUGAGCAAAUAUCCAUAUAUGUAUAAGUUCAAUUUAAUUUGUUUAUAGUGACUGAUGUUUUAUUGUUCAAAAUGGAUUUGGGCUUUUGAGGUGUUUCCAGCAUUGGCUGCACUGCAUUUUGUGAUGCACGAAGGGAAUGGCCAUA